CCGCCAUUUUAGCUCCUGGUUCCGGCCGCACGGUGUAGGCUGUUGUAGCGGGAGGGGUGGGGGUUCUCCAAAGUAGCUGCCCUCGACUGCGGCGCUACAGCCACUGGCUUCUCUUUUUUCUCCUUCUUGGUAACCGCCCGCUCGAAGAGUACGAAGAUGUCCAAGCGGCACCGGUUGGACCUGGGGGAGGAUUACCCCUCCGGCAAGAAGCGUGCGGGGACCGAUGGGAAGGAUCGAGAUCGUGACCGGGAUCGUGAAGAUCGGUCUAAAGAUCGAGACAGAGAACGUGAUAGAGGAGAUAGAGAACGGGAGAGGGAGAAGGAGAAGGAGAAGGAAUUGCGAGCUUCAACUAACGCCAUGCUUAUCAGUGCUGGAUUACCCCCUCUCAAAGCUUCCCAUUCAGCUCACUCAGCCCACUCUGCACACUCAGCCCACUCUGCUCAUUCAGCACAUACUGGACACGCAGGACACACAUCACUUCCACAGUGCAUUAAUCCGUUCACCAACUUGCCCCAUACUCCUCGAUACUACGAUAUCCUAAAGAAGAGACUCCAGCUGCCUGUUUGGGAAUACAAGGAUAGGUUUACAGAUAUUCUGGUUAGACAUCAAUCGUUUGUGUUGGUUGGUGAGACCGGGUCUGGUAAAACAACACAGAUUCCACAGUGGUGUGUCGAGUACAUGCGAUCGUUACCAGGACCCAAGAGAGGAGUUGCCUGUACCCAGCCCAGGAGAGUGGCUGCAAUGAGUGUGGCUCAGAGAGUUGCUGAUGAAAUGGAUGUGAUGUUGGGCCAGGAAGUUGGUUACUCCAUUCGAUUUGAAGACUGCAGUAGUGCAAAAACCAUUCUUAAGUAUAUGACUGAUGGAAUGUUACUUCGUGAAGCCAUGAAUGAUCCCCUCCUGGAACGUUAUGGUGUGAUAAUUCUUGAUGAGGCUCAUGAAAGGACCUUGGCUACAGAUAUUCUCAUGGGUGUUCUGAAGGAAGUUGUAAGACAGAGAUCAGAUUUAAAGGUUAUAGUUAUGAGUGCUACACUAGAUGCAGGAAAAUUCCAGAUUUACUUUGAUAACUGCCCGCUCUUAACUAUUCCUGGACGUACACAUCCUGUUGAGAUCUUUUAUACUCCGGAACCUGAAAGAGAUUAUCUUGAAGCAGCAAUUCGAACAGUGAUCCAAAUUCACAUGUGUGAAGAGGAGGAAGGAGAUCUUCUGCUUUUCUUAACUGGUCAAGAGGAAAUUGAUGAAGCCUGUAAGAGAAUAAAGCGGGAGGUUGAUGAUUUGGGCCCAGAAGUUGGUGACAUUAAAAUCAUUCCAUUAUACUCUACACUCCCACCUCAGCAGCAGCAAAGGAUUUUUGAGCCUCCGCCUCCAAAAAAACAGAAUGGAGCAAUUGGGAGAAAGGUGGUUGUGUCCACUAACAUUGCAGAGACAUCACUGACAAUAGAUGGUGUGGUGUUUGUGAUUGAUCCUGGAUUUGCGAAACAGAAGGUAUACAAUCCUCGAAUCAGAGUUGAGUCCCUUUUGGUGACAGCUAUUAGUAAAGCUUCAGCCCAACAAAGGGCUGGUCGAGCUGGUCGUACUAGACCUGGGAAAUGCUUCAGGCUUUACACAGAGAAAGCUUAUAAAACAGAAAUGCAGGACAACACCUAUCCUGAGAUUUUGCGUUCUAAUUUAGGAUCAGUUGUGUUGCAGUUGAAGAAACUUGGUAUUGAUGAUUUGGUGCAUUUUGAUUUUAUGGAUCCACCAGCUCCUGAAACUCUGAUGAGAGCCCUGGAACUUUUGAAUUAUCUGGCUGCUUUAAAUGAUGAUGGAGAUCUGACUGAAUUGGGAUCCAUGAUGGCAGAGUUUCCACUGGAUCCACAGCUGGCUAAAAUGGUUAUUGCAAGUUGUGACUACAACUGUUCUAAUGAGGUCCUAUCUAUUACUGCUAUGUUGUCAGUCCCACAGUGUUUUGUUCGUCCCACGGAGGCCAAGAAAGCCGCAGAUGAAGCCAAGAUGAGGUUUGCCCACAUAGAUGGAGAUCAUCUGACACUGCUGAAUGUUUACCACGCUUUUAAACAAAAUCAUGAAUCAGUUCAGUGGUGUUACGACAACUUCAUUAACUACAGGUCCCUGAUGUCUGCAGACAAUGUACGCCAGCAGCUAUCUCGAAUUAUGGACAGAUUUAAUUUGCCUCGUCGGAGUACUGACUUCACAAGCAGGGACUAUUAUAUUAAUAUACGAAAAGCUUUGGUUACUGGGUAUUUUAUGCAGGUGGCACAUUUAGAAAGAACAGGGCAUUACCUAACUGUGAAAGACAACCAGGUGGUUCAGUUGCAUCCCUCUACUGUUCUUGACCACAAGCCUGAAUGGGUGCUUUAUAAUGAGUUUGUCCUUACAACAAAGAAUUACAUCCGGACAUGUACAGAUAUCAAGCCAGAAUGGUUGGUGAAAAUUGCCCCUCAAUAUUAUGACAUGAGCAAUUUCCCACAGUGUGAAGCAAAGAGACAGUUGGACCGCAUCAUUGCCAAACUUCAAUCCAAGGAAUAUUCACAGUACUGAACUCAGUGCUUAGAACUGAAGUUAUUCAGAGGACAGCUUUAAAAGAUGAAUGAACUCAAAAGUUCAAGUUGUGCUCUUCACGUUGGUUCAAUAAUGGCCUUUAUUUGAAAGCUUUUUAAUUUUUCUUUACAGUAAAUAUUCCAUUCUGAUUUCAUAAAUUAAACAUUUAUGCCUCCCUUUUGUGUUGACACUGUAGCUUAUACUGGAAAAGUCGAUCAAUGUUUUGCAGUUUAUUGAAAGUAGUUCUAUAUAUAACAAUGUUAUAUGCAUUUCUUUAGAAAUGGUUGAAAAUGCUUCUAAAAUGUGAUUAUCGACCAUGGUAUGCAUGAUCGUUGUAAUUGUUGACAUUCCUUUUAGAAGUUGUGAAAUGUUACAACUUGUGCUUAUGUAGACACAAUCUUCUGUCUCAGUACAGAGGCACUGACUUCAAUAAAGUCUAUUUAUACUAAUUUUGGCCAAAGCAUUUUGAUAUCUUUUUUCUAAUCCUUAAGUACAGCUCCUUCUCUUCCUUUUUAUUAUUACUAUGAUUACAUAUUUAAUGUGUCUCCAGAAGGACUACAUCUUAAAGUAGUCAUUAAAGCAGCGUUUUUAAGAGCAUAGCUUAGUACUUUGUUAAGUUAAUCAGAAUGUGAUGUCAUGGGAUAAAAUAUGUCCUUUUUUAUUUGAAAUUGGAUCCCAAAAGACAGAGUAAUGAAGAAAAGAUAUCUUUCUCCAAGUUCCUUUUAGAAGGCUGACCAUUUCUUAUCUCAUUACCACAUUUUGGCAGAUCUUUUUAUCGUGCCUAGGCAAACAGUCUAAGCGUUCUGGGUGCUGAAGCACAUGUUGCUUUGUACUAAGUAGAUAGGGGAUGUUAGGGUAUGACAGUGUAGAUCUCAGUCGGUUUGCUAAAGUCUCAGUGUUGGAUGUUUUAUGCAAUAAAUAUACAAAGUAAUUAGUAUAGUUUACCAGGCAGUAGACAAGUUAAAACCCGUUUAUUAAUCACAAAUGGAGUGUUUGAUGUGAUGUAUGCCUGUCUGAGUCUGUAAUGCAUCAGUUCUCAACUUACAGAAGGAAUAAUACUAUAUUUGAUAAUGCCUAGGCUCCUGUCUCCCCUACCCUCACCUGUAAAUUAAAAUUUAUAGGUCUAUGUUACUGGUAGUUGGGCAAACUAACUCUUCUCAGGCUACUAGGGUGCUGCUUAGUGUAGGCGGCUGUUACUAAGUGAUAGGCAAUGUGCUUUGGUGUGUGCCUCAUUUUUCCAGGGAAUAAUUUACAUGCUGGAAUAAUGUUUCAGGAUACAUUUAAAUUGGAUAGGAAUCUAUUCCACAUUAAGUACUGGUGACAUUUUCUACUAGAAAUUUUUUAGGUUAUGUUAAGAAAGUCUAGGCACUGGGUCAGACAGUUUUCACUAAAAAGGCAGCUCUUACCAGAGGAGUAUGUUAAGUGUUAAAAUUUAUGCCACAGGUGUAGAAUUUGUAAGUUGGUUGCAUAUCUUUAUCAUCUAACCAUUUAUCCAACUUUAAAUAGAUUUCGGUGUGAUGUGAUAUUUCAUCUUAAGCCUUUUUAAAUCCGAGGCUAGCCUGUUAGGUUUUCUUUACAGAGAAACUGUUAAAGAGCUUCAGAUAUGUAGAGCCGUGUUUAUAUGUGGCCAAGUUUUUAGGAAUGGUGAGUCCUGUUUCCAUCUUGUAAGUGAUGAGUGUGCAUCGGGAAUGAUCAAUUGGAAUUACUGGAGCAGGCUGUUUUUUUCUCCCCUAUCGCGAUGCCUACCCUAGUGUCUCUGGCAUUGCUAGGCUGACCGCUUCUCACCAAUGCUGGGAGUUUCUUACGGUCAGCAUUAUUGGCAAAGGCAGCAUGGCUUUUAAAGAGUUGACUUCUCCAACCCCUUUGUCUCACAGAUUUGGAAAUUGAAUACCAGAGAGGUUACAAUGUCCCUUGUUCACAUAGGUCAACUAUCAGGGAAGACCUUUUUGGUGUCGAACAAGAAUAUAAAAUUUUGAAAUUUCCCUCCGACCAUAAUAUUUAGAAAAUCUGCUUUGAAGAUUUUCUGAAGAGAAAGCCUUCCUUCGCUCUCAGGAUAGUUGAGCUGCUUUUUUAUUGUGAAUAUGGGAUAAGGAAAGCCAUCAGCAAGUAGAACUGUUGACCCUGCAAAAGCUGAGGAGAUGAACACAACUGAGAGGGAAUGGGACGGGGUGCAACACGCUCUACAGUGAGCCCAUUCAGCCAGAAUCCAGAAGACCUGGGAGCGCUCUGCACUAAGCUUUUAUACGGCGUAUGAUUUAGUCCUGGACUUUAGGUUUUUACGGUACCUGCAGACCCUUGGGAUUCUCUCCUGAAUAAUUUUAAUGACCAUCCCCUCGGCUCAAAUACUUUAAGGAAAAGUUUAUUCCCUCUGAAGACAGCUUAAUAGUCUUCAGAGGGAAUGAAUUAUUAGAAGUGCUGAGCUAAAAGUCUUUCUUGGUAACUUUUACUGGCUCUAAUUCUUCUUUCUAGAACAUAGUUAAAUAAGGCUGUUUCUUCUGUGUGAUGACCAUUUAGGUAUUUGGAGUUAACUGUCCAUCUUAGCUUCCCUUACUCUCCUUUAGACUGAGUAGCCUGUUUUCUUUGCCCCUCUGCCUUCUUCCUUGACAUAGUUUUUAGAUAGCCUACACAUUCCUGGUUAUCCUGUGCCAGGUUUUCUCUGGAUUGCCGUCAGUACUGUGGUCUAAACGGGUUAGACUGCUUUGGAAUUUGGAUUUCCCAGGGGACCAGACAUGCCAUUGCCUGUGUUAAUGCAACUUAAGUUUACAGUAACCUUUUCAGCAACCGUAGCUUGCUUUGGGCUCCUAUUAAUUUUACUGUAAAUUUAAGGUACCUAAUUAUUACCUGAGAGUUUCAGAUGUGGUCUAGGGCUGAAAAAAGGUUUUCAGACACAGUUUUCAAUCAAUGUUAAAUCCAACAAUAAAAUUAACAGUUGUUUUGGUGGGUAUUUAUGUGAGCAUUGAUUUGAAUUUUGCACUUUGUUUCUAUCUUAGAGAAAGGGCUUUUUGGUUGUUUGUUGGUUAGUUUCUGGUCUCAAACAUUUUUAUUGAUCUCCCCCCAAAAAACUUCUAUGACCUGUGGGGUCUUCGGAUAAAGUGGGCCCGUGGAUAACGCUUGAACAAGUAGUUCACCUUGUCAUCAACAAGACGUACUUUUUGAGAGUUCCUUCUUACAGUGACUAUUGUAGGUUGGUUUUAUUAAUUACUUACGUUAGUACGGCACUGGCUAGAGUGUGGGCAUGUUCAUAUUCCAGCUACUAGUAAUUCUCUGACUUGGAAUCUGGGUAAUUAUUCAUUUCUAGGGUAGUUGGGCUUAGCCUACCAAAGGCAACCCCCUCUAGCCACAUCUGUUAUUAGUUAUGUGCUAAGGUUGGCCCAAACCUGAGAGUUAUCUUUGGCAAGGUUCUAAUGAUUUUUUUUUUAUUAAUAUGUGGGCAUAUUUUAUUGUUUGAAAAGAUGCUUGUGUGUUCUUCAUUUGUGAUUAAAUCGUACGUAAACUGUAGUGAAUUGAACCUGAUUGAGAACUCGUCACAAACAUGAAAAAACUACAUUUAUAGACCUUGAAUUUAAAAAAAAAAAAAAACUUCUCAAUGAGCAGUUUUAACUUGUGAGUGGAUUCCUUCAUAGAAGUUCUGUAGAAAUUGCGUAGUGACUCUGAGCAUUGUUCAUUUUAUUAAGCCUCAACCCAGAAGGCAUUGUGAGAGGCAACGAAGAUAGACGGAUAAACCGGAACUUUUCCUCAAAUUACGGUCUGGUUGGGGGUUUAAAAAUAUAUGCAAGUCUGUAGAAUGAAGUACGGUCUUGUGCAUGAGGUAAGAAAGACACAAAGAAUUAGAAAGGGCUAGUUAGUUAGGCGGGUGUUGAAAACUCACAUUUUUGUAGCUAACAGCAAAGUGAUGGAAAUAAGCAGCCAGGUAAUCUAAAUGGUUGAGUGUGAGACGUUGGAAGUGGUGAGGGCUAUGCUAAGCUCCCGUCCCUGGCUCUGGCCAGUUGUUGCCGUGCCAAAAUGCACGAUGGUAUUUCAAACAAAGUUGGAAAUUAAAAUUUGUAUGGGAGAUCUCCCUUCUAGAAAUUUCAGAUUUCUUUAAAAAACUCUUUAAGCUGGAUUUUGGGCAACCAUUUGCAACUUCUGUUUUAAGUAAUCAGGGGAAACUUAGUGGAGGAGGUAGUAAUUUGAUUGGACUGCAAACAAUUAUUAAAAUUUCCACAGUCUUCGAGGAUUAACAGCGUUUCAGUCCAAAAGCUAAGGUCCAGAGACAGUUUUUUAAAUUUCUCUUUAUUGAGGUAUACUUUACAUCCAAUAAAAUUCUCCCCUUUUUAGGUCUACAUUUCGGUCAGGUAUGGCAAAUGUAUAGUUACAUAAUCACCACUGUCAAUAUAUGAUAUAUUCAUCAGCCCAAAAAGUUCCUUCCUGCACCUUUGCAGUGAAUCCCCUUCCCCCACCCCCAGCGCUUGACAACCACUAAACUUCCUGUUCUUUUAAUUUUGCCUUUUCCAGAAGGUCAUAAAUGAAAUUGUACUGUGUGUAGUGUUCUUUGUCUGCCUUUUAGUUCUUAAUGCAUUUACCCGUUGCUAGUUUUUUAGAAGGUUGGGUUAUUUUGGCUAGUACGGAUAAAGCUGCUUGCAUAGAGGUCUUUGUGUGGAUAGGCUUUUCUUUCUCUUGGGUAGAUACCUAGGAAUGUGAUUGCUGAGUUCUGCGGUAAGUGCAUGUUUCUAAGAAACGGCCGUUUUCCAGAGUGGCUGUUACCGUUUUGUCACGCCACUAGUGAUGUGUAAGAGUUUCACUUGGUGCACAUCCUUGCCAGCACUGUAUUUUUGUUCUAAAUUUUAGCCAUUUUAUUAGGUGUGUGGUUCCUCAUUGUGGCUUCAGUUUGCAUUUCACUAGUAACUAAUCAUGUUGAGCAUUGUUUCAUGUGCGAAUUUGCUGUUUGUAACCCUUUGGUGAAGUGACUGGUGUAUCUUGGCCAUUUUUAUAAUUAGUUCUCUUGUUGCAUUUAAUCUGUGUAUUCUGCAUCAGAACCCUUUACGAGAUAGGCGUUCUGCAAAUAUUUUUCCAGUCUAUUGGCUUGUCCUCCCAUUUUUCUUCAGAGUGCCUUUUGAAGAGCAGAACUUUUAAAUUUUGAUGAAGUUUGAUGUAUCCAUUUUUUUCUUAAUGGUUUGUGCUUUUUGUGUUCAGUGAUGGCUUUGAUGGUCUGUUUUAAGAGGGCAGCAAGGAGUCCGGUUUGGCUGGAUCGUGAUCUCUGUACUGUAGGGUGAAGACAAAUGAGGCUAUGAAGUUAGGUAGGGAUUGCGUUUGUAAGGGCAUUGAAGGCCAGGUUAAGAGUGAAUCAGAGUUCAAAAUAGAGGGUAGAUUGCAGAAAGAAGGAACACUGAAGCCACUUGGAGAAAUACAAUAACCCAGGUAACAAGAUAGAACAGAUCAAGUGAAAGGGAAGAAAUGGGGUAGCAAUGUAAUUGAUAUAUCUUCUAACUGGUUGGAAGGCAGAGAAAUUAUCCAAGGUAACCAGUAUAGCACGUAAGUGAAUGGAUGGCUUGGUUACCAAUCGUGAAUCUAGGCUGCAGGUAAAUUUAUUAAGAUCCUGGUUGUCACCCAGAGAUAAAAAUGGUGACCAAGUACAAAUAUAUAACCUUUAAUUAGGGAAUUGGAAGAGUGAAGGAGAAACCAAGAAUAAAACAAUUUAGAUAGUGCAGUUUCAGGCUGCAGAGGUAUGGUGGAUGAGAAUUGUGAAUCUAGGCCAUUAGGGUUGGCUGUUUGGUCUUUACCCAUCUUAUGUAGGUUUACGGUAGAGGCUGCCAGUAGGUUGCCAAAGGGCCAGAUGGAGCCUGCCUGCGUUUUAUGUGACCCUCACAGUGUUUAAAACCAAUUAGAGCCAGCAGUUUAAAAGGAGAGAUUUCCACGUAAAAUUUUCAAAAUAUUUGUAGCUUGGCAAAGGCAGGCCUACCCAAAGUUUAGCAUGGCACACCAUAAUCAGCCAUAUUGGAGAGUGGAAAAGUGGUUUUGAAGUGGAAAAGCUUGGAGGGGCCACAUUAAAAUAAGUUGCAUGGCUAGGAGUGAAACCAAGAGGAGGGAUACUUUUUUAAACAUAAGGGGCUACCUGAACAUAUAUUGAGGCAAAACUUGGACCAGUGCCUUAGGAGGUACUGGAGUUGAGACUAAACUGGAGAAAGGUUGAAGCUAAAUGUGGUAAUGUUAGCCUUGGAAAUAAGGAGAAAGCUUCUUAAGGAGAGGGUGAAUAUAGAUGGUGAGGGUUAAGGGAACCUCCAGUCAAAUGACUUAUAAGAACUGACCAUUAAGGCAGAGCAAAAUAGAACUUUGUACUUUGAGCUUAAUACAUUCAGUGUGUUUAGAUUUAGAUGGCUACUCUACCCAUAAACUUACCUAGUUAUCAGUGGAUUUUCCUUACGCCUUGUCCUGUGCUUUUUGGUUAUUGCCAGUGGUGAGCACAUUCUACAUUGUAUGUGAUGUCUUUGCUUGAGAGGUGUCCUCAUUUCAGCUCAUAGAUUUGUUAUUCUUGUAAAGAAUUGUUAGGUAGUUGAAAGUAGAAAUUUUGACUUGGCUAAACCUGAGGCAUAUUACCAAUUUUAGGGACUUACAUAAAACCAUUAGUGAAUGGAAAUUUAACAAUUAACAGAGGUGUGCUUUAUUUUAAAUGAUGUAAAUAACUGCUUAGAUAAAAUGCUGGGGGAUAUUUCAGCUCUGUGGCACUAGCACUCUAAUACCUUAGCAGAGAAUUCAGUGCACAGGGAGAAUUCACCAGUGUUUAUGUUCUGAAGAAACAUUUUAACUUACAAGGAAUGAAAAAUGAAUUUCAUCUCUGAAUUGUGAUAGUCUAUGAGAUAAGAAUAUUUGCUUUUUAAUGUACAGUCUCAGUUCUGUUUAGUGUAAAAGAACAUACUGAAGAUUGUAUGUUACACUAAAUUCUUAAGGUAUUGUAUUUGGCUGUUUUGUUCCAAGAUUAUGAGUUAUUUUGUAAUGUGAAAUACAGUUUACAAUUCAUUUUGUUUUACUUUUUUACAUUUAAGAGGGGCUGGACCGAUGACUUCUAAGGUUUUUUUUUAACCUUUAAAAGCCCGAGUGUAGGGAGACAGUGGUGCUUCAGUGGUAGGUUUCUGUCUUUCCAUGCAGGAAAUCCGGGUUCAGUUCCUGGCCAGUACGCCUCCUGUUCAGCCACCACCUACCCAUCAGUGGAGGCUUGUGUGUUGCUAUAAUGCUGAACAGGUUUCAGUGGAGAUUCCAGACUAAGAUGGACUAGGAAGAAAGGCCUGGCAAUAUUGAAAACCCUGUGGACCACAACGGUCUGAUCCGUAGCCAAUCAUGGGGAUGGCAUGGGAUCAGGCAGUGUAUUUUCCAUUUUGCAUGAUGAGGUUGCCGUGAGUUGGGGCAACUCGACGGCAGCUAACAGAAGAAUACUUUCCUUGCCUCUUCGGAGACAUUUAAUUAUAGGGUUUGUACAAAAAGUGCUGACUGCUUUGGAGAUGUCUUAAAGUUAGUGUCAGGACCUGCUGAUCUCAUUUUGAUAGUUAUUUUGUUUGUCAGGAAAAAUAUUUCAAGUCCAUAUUUCUCACAUAAUGUUUUACUACUGUAGAGAAAUGUAAUAGUAUGUAUCAUUUGGUCUAGAGAACUUUUAAAUGGUACAGAUAGCUCUUGAACAGUAAGGUAGACUGACAGCAGUAGAAGAAAUGAUCAGCAUGGUGGAGGAAAAGAGAAAGCAGCCUGUAACAGCAGCUUUUAUUAUAAAAAGGAGCCCUGGUAGUGUGAUGGUCAAAUGCUGGGCUGCUGACCCAAAGGUUGGCAGUUAGAACCACCCAACGGCUUUGUGGGAGGAAAAACCUCCCAUAACCUUGACUCAGUAGAAAAGCCUAUGGGGGCGUUCUACUAUGUCAACGUUGGAUGGUUAUGAAUUGAAAUCAACUUGAUUACACCCAGCAACAUAAUUUUAUAGGAGCUCUUCAAGUCCUUGAUCAGAGCUGACCCUUAGAAGCCUACCAGUAGGUUACACUAUUUCUAUUUUUAGAUGAGCUGAGGCAGGGUCAUAGGGCCCUUCAGCAGCGCUGGCAUUCCUCACUCUGCACAGCUAAGAAGAGUGCCUUCAACUACCUGAGGGCUUUUUCCCUGAGCUGGGUACUGGGGCAUCUUGGAUAGGUAAGUCUGGCUGGAGGCCUUGACUGGUUGCAUGGUUCUAAGAUGGCAGUGCCCCUAAGUUUAUAAAAGUGUCCACGUUCUGUACUAGGCACCUGUAUGAGCAGGGUGGGUCUAGUCAUUUUCCAUUCUGGUUUAAUGUUCUUAAGAAAAUGGACUCAAAAGGGGACUUCCUGUAUUCCCUGGUCCUCCUCUUCCUCAGGUGGUACUACAAGGAUCUGAUGAGUUUUGUUUUUUUUUUUAAUUGAUGGCUUACUUCUAGUAUAAGUUUUCAAUACAAUCAUUUCUUGAUUGUAUUUUUAGAAUGGAGCAGUGAUACAGCUAGUCUGAAGUAAAUGAUAAUCCAAAAGUCACUUGUUCAGCUUGGGGGUUAGAACUAUUUCCAAAGUGAAUAUAUGUGCCUUCUCUCCUGCCUGUUAACACUAAACUGCUUUUCUCUGUGACUUGGAGCCAUUGUGGUAAUCGGUUAUUUUUUCCAGCUCUGUGCUUGGCAGGGAGUUGGAAUAUUUAAGGCCAUUUUCCUGUAUGAGUCUGAGUUUCUCAAGGGCUGGAGCCACGUCUCAUAUAACUAUUCUUCGUACUUAGCAGUAGGCCUAGUACGCAGUAAUGUUUAAGCAAGUGUAUUUUAAAUACAACCACUGUGGUUUUCCUGUUUGUUUGUUUUUUUUUAUAGUAUUGUUCCCUUCUUUACUGCUGGUGACUUCUUGGCUUCUAAGACAUUGUGUUCUUUUUUUUUUUUACUUACUAGGCUGGAAACUAGAUUGUCCAAGUGUAUGUAAUUGAGUGGGGUAGAAAGAUGAUAUAACGAGUAGCGCAUGAACUUUGUAAACAGACUGACCCAGGUUAAAAUCCUAGCUCUGCCUUUAGCGGUGCAAUUGUGGGUGUGUGACUUAACAGUAACCUGCUUUCUCAUCUCUAAAGAGGGGAUCGAUUAUAGUAUUUUGCCAAAGUGGUGGGGAAAUGAAAUAAUAUACGGCAAACGCCUGGUCUGGUGGAGGCCCCUAAGUGGCAACAUCUGCUAUUCCACUGUUAGAAAUAUGAUCAAAGAGGUAGCAUGUGAGGUGUAAGAGGAAUGUCCCAGUCUUUACAUGGACUUUGAAACAUUUAUUGUGACCUCCUUCUAGAGUUAUUGCCUGGAAAGGGAUCCCCCAUGUAAAUUUUGAUAUCACUGUGAAUAGGACUAGCAGAUUUAACUAACCUGAAUGCUUGCCUUCCCUGAGUAUAUGUCAGGUGAUGCUUGCUGGGAAGUGUCCAGAAACACUGAAUCGUGUUGAGAGGAAUCACAAGCUUUUCAUAGCUAAUCCACAUUCUAUUUACAUUUAUGAAUUGACUAUUGGUAUCUGUGGCAAUCUGUUGUUGUUGUUAGGUGCCAUCAAAUAUGUUCCAAUUCAUAGUGACCCUAUGUACUACAGAAUGAAACACUGUCCAGUUCAGCGCCGUGCUUGUAGUCGUUGUGCUUGAGCCCAUUGUUGCAGCCACUGUGUCAAUCCAUCUCGUUGAGGGUCCUCCUCUUUUCCGCUGACCCUCUACUUUACCAAGCAUGGUGUCCUUCUCCAGGGACUGAUCCCUCCUGACAAUAUAUGCAAAGUAUGUAAGAUGUAGUCUCGCCAUCCUUGCUUCUAAGGAGCAUUCUGGUUGUACGUCUCCCAAAAGAGAUUUGUUCAUUCUUUUAGCAGUCCAUGGUAUAUUCAAUAUUCUUUGCCAACACCACAGUUCAAAGGUAUCAGUUCUUCUUCGGUCUUCCUUACUUAUUGUCCGGCUUUUGCAUGCAUAGGAGGCAAUUGAAAACACCAUGGCUUGGGUCAGGCACACCUUAGUCUUCAAAGUGACAUCUUUGCUUUUCAACACUUUAAAGAGGUCUUUCGUAGCAGAUUUGCCCAACACAAUGCAUUGAUUUCUUGACUGCUGCUUCUACGGUGUUGAUUGUGAAUCCAAGUAAAACAAAAUCCUUGACCACUUCAAUCUUUUCUCCACUUAUCAUGAUGUUGCCUGUUUGUCCAGUUGUGAGGAUUUUUGUUUUCUUUAUGUGGAGGUGUAAUCCAUACUGAAGGCUGUGGUCUGUGAUCUUCAUCAGUAAGUGCUUCAAGUCCUCUUCACUUUCAGCAAGCAAAGUUGUGUCAUCUGCGUAUCGCAGGUUGUUAAUGAGUCUUCCUCCAAUCCUGAUGCCCCUUUCUUCUUCGUGUAGUCCAGCUUCUUGGAUUAUUUGCUCAGCAUAUAGAUUGAAUAGGUGUGGUGAGAGGAUACAGCUGAAAUCUGUCCACCAUGGGUGACCCUGCUGGUGUCUGAAUACCAGUGGCAUAGCUUCCAGCAUCACAGCAACACACAAGCCCCCACAGUACAACAAACUGACAGAUACAUGGGGAGUGACUAAGGGUCCAGUUUCUAGGGAAAGGCCUUUUUCAUUUUGACCUUUCUUUAGUCUCAUGAGGAGGUUUGGGCACAGCUAGGAGUCGCUGGAUGAUGCAGAUGGUUAAGCUUUCAACUAUUAGCUGGAAAGGUUGGCAGUUUGAGCCCACCCAGAGGUGCUUAGGAAGAAAAGCCUGGCUAUCAGCUUCCAAAAGGACACAGCCUGGAGAAACCGUAUGCAGCAUUUCUGUGUACACACAGGGUCGCCAUGAGUCAGAAUUGAGUCGAUGGCAACUACUGUAUUUUUACGCAAAUAACACACGCCUUCUACGUU